AUCUCUCUCUUUCUCUCUUUCUCUCUCUAUCCCCUUCUCUCGACCAACUCCCAUUUUCUCGUAGACCAACGAAUCCCCCCCCAGCCACCAACGAUUCGCUGCCUCUACGCAUCGCUUUUUCCUUCUCUGCGGAGCUCAUUUUGCGCUCCUUCUUCCUCUUUGUUUCCCAGCCUCACGACCCAGAUUGGCCACGCGCCUACUUUCCGGGCCUGCUCAUACUCGUCCCUCGAUUCCACUCGAUCGAUAACCAAUAACAGCCAUCAUGUCUGCCGAGGAGGAUCUCAUCGACUACUCCGACGAGGAGCUGGAAACCCAGAAGACCGCCGCCCCCGCCAAUGGCAAGAAGGCUGAGGCCACCGCCGCCGCCGGCGACAGUGUCGACAAGAAGGGUUCCUACGUCGGCAUCCACUCCACUGGUUUCCGCGACUUCCUGCUCAAGCCUGAGCUGAUCCGCGCCAUCACCGACUGUGGCUUCGAGCAUCCUUCGGAGGUUCAGCAAACAUGCAUUCCUCAGGCGCUGCUCGGUGGUGAUAUCAUCUGCCAGGCCAAGUCUGGUCUUGGAAAGACCGCGGUCUUUGUCCUCACCACCCUCCAGCAGGUGGAGCCCGUUGCCGGCGAGUGCUCCGUCCUGGUCAUGUGCCACACCCGUGAGCUCGCCUUCCAGAUCCGCAACGAGUACAACCGGUUCUCCAAGUACAUGCCCGACAUCAAGACCGGCGUCUUCUACGGUGGCACGCCCAUCCAGAAGGACGCCGAGGUCCUCAAGAACAAGGAGACCCACCCCCACAUCAUCGUCGGAACCCCUGGUCGCCUCAACGCCCUCGUUCGCGACAAGCACCUGCGCCUGGGCAGCGUCCGCAUCUUUGUCCUCGACGAGUGCGACAAGAUGCUCGACCAAGUUGACAUGCGUCGCGACGUCCAGGAGAUCUUCCGUGCGACCCCACAGCAGAAGCAGGUCAUGAUGUUCAGCGCUACCCUGUCCGAUACCGUCAAGCCGAUCUGCCGCAAGUUCAUGCAGAACCCGACGGAGCACUAUGUCGACGAGGACACCAAGUUGACGCUGCACGGUCUCCAGCAGUACUACGUCGCCCUGGAGGAGCGUGAGAAGAACCGUAAGCUCAACGAGCUCCUCGACGACCUUCAGUUCAACCAGGUCAUCAUCUUCGUCAAGAGCACGGUCCGCGCCACCGAGCUGGACAAGCUGCUGAGAGAGUGCAACUUCCCGUCCAUCGCCGUCCACUCUGGUGUUAGCCAGGAAGAGCGUAUCCGCCGGUACAAGGAGUUCAAGGAGUUCAACAAGCGCAUCUGCGUUGCCACUGACGUCUUUGGUCGUGGUAUCGACAUCGAGCGCAUCAACCUGGCUAUCAACUACGACAUGCCUUCUGAGGCCGACUCCUACCUGCAUCGUGUCGGUCGUGCUGGUCGUUUCGGUACCAAGGGCCUGGCCAUUUCGUUCGUCAGUACUGAUGAUGACCGCAACGUGCUCGAGGCCAUUGGCAAGCGCUUCGAAGUCGCCAUCCCUGAAUUCCCCAAGGAUGGCAUCGAGGCGAGCACCUACAUGGCUUCUUAAGAAACCUGUGAGUGCGUCGAGGCAGGUGGAUGCUGCGUUGCCUCCUAAGGGCUAUAGCAGAGAAAGCCUAUUUGCUAUCUAGGGCGGCUGGAAAGUUCGGAACACGAAAAUGACAUUUCAAGUAAAAAGAAAAAAAACAAGAGGGACAUUUGGGAUUUCGUGCCGGAAUAGGUCUUGAUGUGGAUGGCUUGAAUCCCUCCUUUCUAGAUUUUGUCCAGCAGAGACAGAAAUUAGGAACAAGUUCAUGCUUUCCAAACUG